AGCGCCAGGCUGGGGAACGGAAGAGAGGGCGAGGGAUGUGUUUAGCAGAGGGACCCGCCACUCCGUUGUGUGUGCGAUUGUGUUUGCUUCUUGGCGAUGUUUCCAAGAGUCUCCGCGAUCAUACCUCUUCGCCUCCUCUCCCCCUUUCCUUUAUGCCCUGGAGGCUCAGAGGCACCGGCGGCUGCGAUUGUGCGACUCGGUGCUCCGCACGGAACGGUCAGAACAAAAAAUGAAGUCCACCGAUAUUUUGGCACGAACAACAUGCUCUGUAACAAGAAAGAUGAGCAGUCUGCUCCAACACGUGAUAUUUCCAAGGAAACAGAGACCCAAGAGAGUGUGAAGGAGAACACAAAAAAAGACUUGUUAGGUAUUAUUAAGGGUAUGCGAGUUGAAUUAAGCACAGCCAAAGUACAAACAUCAAGGCCACCCAAUAGAAGACAACUUAAGAGUAUAGAGGCUACAACUGGCAGGCUUCACAAAGUUCCGGAAGAUGCCCCAAAAAAGAGAACCAAGUCCCUGAGUCCUGAGUUGGUAGCAGCCGCAGCUGCUGUUGCAGAUGUUCUCCCGUUUGAUAAGCAGAUGACCAAGUCAGAGCUGCUCAGGCAGCUCCAGCAGCACGAGGAAGUCUCAAAGGCACAGAAGGAUGGAGAGAGAGCUAAAAUUAGUGUCAGUAACAUAAUAUCAGAUAUGAAAAUUGCCAAAUCUUCCACAGCUAGAGUUAGUACAAGACCAGUGCAUCAAAUUCAGUUUGAUGAAGGAUCUAACGAUUACGUGGGCCAGAAGAAGACCAAUGAUCUUAAAAAAAGCCUUAGGAAAAAUAUACUCAAGGGGAAGAGACUUAAUAUUUUUGACCUUAAGGCCGUUACUGAAGAGGCACCCGAAACAGAGACAGCACCUUCACUUUGGGAUGUGGAAUUUGCUAAGCAGUUAGCUGAGGUAAAUGAACAGCCCCUUCAGAAUGGUUUUGAGGAGAUGAUCCAGUGGACCAAAGAGGGGAAACUGUGGGAGUUUCCGAUUAACAACGAAGCAGGUUUUGAUGAUGAUGGUUCAGAAUUUCAUGAACAUGUCUUUCUGGAUAAAUAUCUGGAAGAUUUUCCAAAACAAGGACCAAUUCGCCACUUCAUGGAGCUGGUGACCUGUGGCCUUUCCAAAAAUCCAUAUCUGAGUGUUAAACAGAAGGUUGAACAUAUAGAGUGGUUUAGAAAUUAUUUUAAUGAAAAACAAGACAUUCUAAAAGAAAGUGGCAUACAGUUCAAUUGAAGACCACGGAAAUUUUUGUUUCAAGCUGGAGCCCUUUAGGUCUUCAUGCCAAAGUUAGAACUGUUUAUUUUUCUAUUACGGUGCUUAGCAGUGUGACUCAAUUUCAUACAACUCAAAGGAUUGAAGAUGCUAAAAGACUCAAAACCAGAAUUUAGUUUACAGCAGCCCCAGCCUAGUAGUGUUUCAGGCCCCCAGCAAAUGAAAAUCCUGUGAAGGAACCCAUCAUAAACUCAGGAUUCAAAUUAUAAAACAUAUAAGGAAACAAAGCAGCGUGAUUGCACACAAGCAGAAACAGAUAACAAAAGCAGACUUUGUAAAGCCUUUAAAUAUUCAUACUAUGAACUAUAUAUAAGAAAGUAUAGAGCAAGAGACGAAAGUGAUUGGAUUUUGGAAAAAAAAUUUAGUGAAGAAGUGUAACAACAGAUUAGAUACUGGAAAACAGAUCUCAAGAAAUCCGUAUGUAGUAGAGAGAAGAAAAGAGAAAAGUAUGAAAGCAAGGUAAAGAUUGGUAUAAGAAGGCAACAUUUGUUAGGCACCUGGCUGGCUCAGUCAGUAAGUAGAGCAUGCGACUCCUGAUCUCAGUUCAAGGCCCAUGUUGGGCAUGGAGCCUACUUUUAAAAAAGUAAAAAAAAGUAAUAUUUGUGCAAUCAGAUUUCCAGAAGGAGGAAAAAAAGAAGAAAUGGGUCAGAAUUCGUCUUUGGAUAGUUCAUGGAUGCAAAAUUUUUACAAUUUAUGAGACAUCAGUUCACAGUGGAGUGUGGAGAGAACCUGAGAUUUGCUUCUAGCAAAUAGACUAUGGUAAAGGUGACUCCCUUCGUUGGCUUAUGUUCUGUGGCAAAAGCGAAAGAAUUAGUCACUCUUGUGAUUAUAGUACAUUACGUAAGACUCCUUGUUAGCCAACUGGGUAAGAAUUCUACUGGCUUUGAAGAAGCUGCCAUAUCGUGAAAAGGCCUAUGCAUGGGCCACAUGGCGGGGAACUGCAGGGCCACCAGGAGCUGGGAGCAACCUCCCGCUGACAGCCUGCCACGAAAUGGGGAUCUCCGUUCUACAGCUUCCAAUAACAAUUCUACCAAUAACCGUGGAAGAGGACCCUAAGCUCUGCAAAGGCACACAGCCUAGCUGACGCCUGGCUUGCAGCCUUGUGAAACUUUGAAGAGAGACCCAGCUGAGUGACCCACAGAAACUGGGAGAUAAUGUGCAUGUUGUUGUAAGCCACUAAGUUUGACGUUGUCAUACAUCAGUGGAAAAUUGAUACAGAAGAGGAGAAACGAAAUUGUCAGUAUGAUUCUGUGGAAAAAAAGAAUCUAUAAAUUAUAAGAACUAAUAGAACUUAGCAAGUUUGCAGCUGCGUUUCUACAUGCCAGCAACAGAUAAAAUGUGAUUUAGAAGAUACUGUUUAUAGUAGCAUCAAAAGUGUAAAUGAAUAAAAUCUUAGAUAUGUA